AUGUCCACUUACACUGCUGUCCAGACCUCUCCUACCGUCGCCUCCGAAGAUAGAAAUUCCUCUAUCUCAGGGAGUGAUGUCGAGAACGAGGAUGGCAACGCCGACAAUACGCCGGAGAAUGGCACCACCACGAGCAAAAAGAGGAAGAGGCUCGUGAAAAUCUCCUGUGAGCUCUGCAAGGCCCGGAAGGUCAAGUGCGACAGAGCAGAGCCUGCUUGUGGCUGGUGUGCGCGCAACAAUCGAACAUGCGUCUACAAAGAGCGACAGAAGCCCGGUCUUCGCGUGGGCUACGGACGCGAGCUCGAGGAGAAGAUCAAUCGCCUCGAAGCUCUGCUCCAGGUCAUGGGUCGCCGACUCGAGGAACACAUCGCCGAACAUGGGGACUUCUCAACCCAUCGACCGGGCUCCGUUCGCAUGUCUCACCAGCCCCAAUCUGCGUCGUUCAACGCGUACGCUCAGAACGAUCCUCGCCCUUCGACCGCCAGUAUUGUUUCCCAAGACACUCCUGGUUCUGAUCCCCGAUGGCCCGUCGCCAAUGCCUAUGAACGAAUGCAGUACCCCCGAGCCCAGGAUGCCAUGUCCAUCCGAUCCGUUGUGGACAAUGGCGGCCACGAGCUAGUGGCCCCAAGCGAGAGAGCGAACUCGGCAGCUUGGUAUCCAACCUCGACGCCGGCGCCAUCGAUGCCAGACUCGGAGCUACCUCCAUACGACUUGCUAUAUACCUUGGUCGAUCUCUAUUUCAAGCACGUCAACCCCUGGUCCCCAAUCCUGGACCGUAAGGCCACGUUCGAUGCCUUCUUCGGCUCACAGUCAAUGAACGAUGCUGACAAGGUGCUCGUGCACGCGAUUGUCGCCACUACCAUGCGUUUCUCCAAAGACUCACGCCUGACUCCGGAGUCAAGGAGACAGUUCCACGAGAUCUCCAGACAGAAGAUUAUGAUGUAUGCUCUUGACCACCCGAACGUACGCGCCCUCCAGGCGCUGGUGAUCCUUGCGGUCGACGUGCUCGGGACCUCAAACGGCCAACAGGGGUGGAAUUUACUAGCUCUCAUCACGCGCAACAUCGUCCAGCUGGGGCUGGAUGUCGAGAAGGGCGCAUACCUCGAGUCCAGCACUUAUCCGUCGGCGACGCUCCUUCAGGCCGCACAACCCCAAUCCUGGAUUGAAAAUGAAGAGCGCCGCCGUCUGUGCUGGAUGACAUUCAUUCUUGACAGAUACGCAACCGUCGCUACCGCAGACACCUUCACCCUGGACGAAAGGGAGAUGGACCGGUGUCUCCCGUGUCGGUACGACCUCUUCUCACGAAACGAACCUGUUGAGACACGGUGGCGUCGACGAGGCGCACCCGCGGAAUUGAUCGUCAACAAACCAGAAAACCUGGGGAGUUUCUCCUACCACUGUGAAGUCCUCGGGAUCCUCAGUCGUAUCCAUCGAUUCCUCCACCAACCUCUCGAUAUCACCCGCCAUUCCGACAUACAGCGCUGGCGUGAAACCUACCGUGAGCUGGAUGGCGAGUUGAACGAUUGGCUGCAGAACUUGCCGGGUGAGUAUGGGAAAAUCUCUCAGCUCUGCCACUCGGACCCUGGGAGCAGGAUCUCCAACUGGAUCAUGCUUCAUGCGGCGUUUGUCACGUCUGUUAUCCGUCUGCAUUCUUCCGCCGCUUACCCCACGAUCAAAUCUCCUGUCUUCACACCUUCGUACCAUGCCAUCCAACGUUGUUUGGGCGCCGUGGAGAGCUUGAGGGAGAUUGCCCAAGACGUCAUGAAUACUGGCAUGCUUGCACUUCUUGGCCACCCGUUUGCUUUUGCGCUGUGGGUUUCCGCGAGGCUGCUGCUCGUCCAUGCAGCGACCAUGGAGUGCGAGGUGGACCCGAAAAUCAUGUUCUUUAUCUCCACUCUGGAGCAGAUGGGACGGCACUGGCAGGUUGCUGGGGACUACGCUAGAAUCUUGAAUGAUGUAGUGCAAGAGGGAAGCAAUGGCUCCGGUCGGACAUUCACCGCCAUGAGAAGAUGUGCCUACGAAUUAAACCUCCUGACCUCGCAACGUCCUCGUUCCGUCCUUGAUACCGUUACCACGCACAACUCGUCGCAAAGCGAACUCGAAUUCCUGGAGGUCUUUGACUUUUUCAACUACCCUCGAUUGAACGCCAUCGCGGGUAACAACGCCUUUGAUCCAUCUGUGUCGGUCACGAAUCAGAACCAAACGACGCCGACGCAGGGCCAAACGUCGAACUCUCGAGCCACACCAGCUUUCGUCAUCCCGAAUCCGGAGAGCGAUUGGUUGAUAUUCAAGCCGCCAUACGAGUAG